CAGGAAAAAAAAAGUAACUUGAUAAAGGGAGAGAGAGGUUUUAUAUAUCAAGGGAUUUCUUUGCUGCUAAUCUUGCGAGAGAAUUGCAUUUUCUGGCUUUUAUCAAUAAAUUUCGAGCGACCGCACCCCGAAUCGAUUUUGAAGUUUUGGCACGGUAACCUUUUGCAAAGUCAUCGAUUUUUAUGCGAGCAAUAUUCAUUCCUCUUAUCCUUCCGGGCUAUUUUUACAGUUUUCUUCGCGGGAGUGACCCCGAAAUCUAGAUCUAAGAUGCAGCCUCAGCUUAUGUCCUUACUUAAUAGUGAUUAAUAGCGCGUAUGCACGCCACUAUCAAAGGAGCGGGCUUAUCCUUAGGAUCGCGAGGAACUCGAAGCACUCGGAGGAGGGCCGGCAUAUAUCAGAUUUCUCCGCCCUUGCCUCUCUCGUCCGAGUCCAUUUUUAUUCGUAAUGUCUUCCCUUCACGUGGGACUUAUGCCAAGUGCCGAGAAAUCAUGCGCCAUUAUCGAUGUAAAUAACAAAUAUCGCAAAGUCAGCUCUCUUCUCAAAGCUGUCACGAAUUUCAAUAUUCGGAAAAAUUCUUCGAGUUAUUCCGUAAACGCGAAAUAACUCGAUUUUUCUCGACGCGAAUAACUUGGAAGAGGAUCCAAAGAAGUCAAGUGAGACGCGGCGGAUCGAUAAGGAAAAACGCACGAUGGUGACGAGAAACGUGACGACGAUGGUGUGACCUCACGGGACACCGGAUAUAUUAAGGAACAGGAAGCGCGGGAAAAGGCGCCGCCGCUUGCCGUCUUGUUGGAUUCUCGACAAUUUAGGCGGCGGCAGGAUCAUAGGUCAUGGCGACGCCGCCGGACUCGCCAGGACCGGAAGAGGCGUUCUUCGAGUUCGAGAGCGUGAGGGCGAGGCACCAGACCACCAGGCCGGUGCCUAUCGAGGAGCUCCUACGACAGACCAAGUUCUCCCGCCAGGAGAUCCGAGUCAUGUAUCGCGGCUUCAAGCAGGAGUGUCCCGAAGGAGUGGUGCACGAGGACUCGUUCAAGGACAUUUACGCGAAAUUCUUCCCGCACGGCAACUCCAGUCUCUACGCCCACUACGUGUUCAAGGCCUUCGACGUUAAUUGCAACGGGGCCAUCAGCUUCAGGGAUCUCCUCGUGACGCUGUCGACCUUGCUGCGGGGCAGCAUCUACGAAAAACUGAGAUGGACCUUCAAACUGUACGACAUAAACGGCGAUGGCUGCAUCACCAGGGGCGAGCUGGGCGAAGUCGUGACGGCGGUUCACGAGCUCAUGGGCAAGCGACAUCACGCCGAGGAGGAGAGGAAGGCGAGGGAGCAACUGGACAGGGUCUUCAAGAAACUCGAUCUCAACCAGGACGGUGUUAUCACGAUCGAGGAGUUUAUCGAAAGUUGUUUGAAGGACGACGUGAUCACACGAUCGCUGGCAAUGUUCGACUGCGCGCUUUGAUCUCCGGCUAAGGACGAGCCUCCAGCAACAACGGUUAGCAAUACGACGCCGCCGACGCCGCUCUCGACGACAACCUUCUCGCAAUCCCUAUCCCCGUCGCCGCCACCGCCAUCCUAUUCCCUGCUGCCGCCUAUCCCGCCGCCCUUGCCCUCCCAACCGCCACCCGGGUACACCGUCCAGGACCAGGAACUCUAUCUGCUCCUAGCCGCUCACUGGUGGAACCAACCGGAGGCGCCGCUCUUUUGUUGAAGGGCUACGCGAUAACACGGCUCUUUGUGAGAUAGAAUAGGAAUCAAGGUCUAAGUCUGUGAAAUCGGAAAAUGGACACAUUGUUGUCCCUUUCUUCUAUAAAACGUCGCAAUAUGAGAAUACGAAGCAACAUAUCCUUCCUUAUUCUCGCAGAUCAAUGGAGGCUUAGUGAAGGCUCAAGAAAGCCGCUUUGAAGAUAACACGCGAAAUAUCAUGAGACCGCCGCCGCUUCACCAUCGAGACAAUCUUGCGGAAAAAUGCGACGAUUCUGCGACGCGAAAUCUUGAUAUUUCGGCAAUCGACACUUGGCGUCAAUUUUUGGCAAGAAUUAAGCGGAGUUACGCAAUCUAAAGAGUUACCUUCAAUCUAAGAUCGUAUAACAUUAAUAAGCAAAUAUAAAUCUCUAGGCUCUCCUUCAUAAUUAAAUACGAGGAACGGCGUCUAAAAAAGAUAAUCUCGAAAAUAAUUAAGUAAUAAAAAGAUAUCGCGCGAGAAUUCAAACAAGAUACGCGCGUAUCUUCUUCUAUAACCGACUCGAAGAGAUCCUGCGAUCGAGAAAUCUAUUAUCAUAGUAUCAAAUCAUAGCGUUGUGGAAUCGUGGGAUAACAACGGCGAUGACGAUGGCGAUAAAAAUGGUGGUAAAAUGCAACGCGUGGCUGUGAAUCUGAAAUGCGAUAGGAAAACAAGGAUCACAUAAAUUGAUAUAAAUGCCAAAAAGAUAUUUGUAGAGCAUCUAGGAAAUGUCGCAUUCAAUGUCUUUAGACGUUUGCAUUAUCUGUACAAUUCUGCUCGUACAAUAGGUGUUAAGGUCGGAGAUUAACGAAUCGAUUGCGUAACUUUGCGUUGCCGGAAACGACGUGAUCAUGCGACUCAAUUUUAAAUACGCAUCUUCUCUCGUCUCAUACUUCAAAUAUCUUCUCCCAAUAAUUCAUGCGAUCGUAUAAAAAAAAUCUCCCGUGUCAAGAAAUUAACAUGAAUCCUAUUGUAGGUUGCUCUACGUUUAA